GCAAAUAUCUGAUUGGUGGAUUCAUGUGCUUUUAUUCUGGGCGGUUUGUUUGGAAUCGAUCGACUGUGGUGUGCGUUGUCGUGAAAGCUGAACAGAUCGACAGUUUUACUCAAAUUCAAGCUGUCUGUCUAUUUCGGUCACUGUUGAAGGAAGCAUGGACAACACUGUUAAACGUUUACUGGAGCGACUCGUGAGACGGAUACCGAGUCGAAUGCUGAAGACAACGCUGGAUAAGUGGAGCCGUUUGACGGCGACGCAGCGGCAGUCCAUAGAUUACACAGAAUCAAAAUGGGCGUUAACAGAAAAACUACUUGCCAUUUGCGAGGAAAAUGAAUUGACAGUUAAACACAUAGCUGAGCUGGAAAUGAUACAUGUCAUCGAGAAUCCCAACCUGGGCAUGUGGCAUGCCUUCCAGCUCAUGGACCCUCAAGAUGAUGCUCACUCUGUAGAGCUGACACAGUUCAAGGAACAAUUUAAAUCCCACCUCAGUGAGCUAAUAAGACACGUUUCUAUCAAGAUAAAGAAGCACACAGAUGAAGCUGUGUGGAUUCGAAUUGCAUGGGGAGACACCUUUUCUCGCCCAAACCACCUGAAACCCACAUAUGUCGUUCACUAUCUUCAAACCCCUUACGUCUUUCUGAGCAGCCUAACUUCAAAACAAAAGCCUCUGUUGUCACAGGCUUUGGUUCUGUCCACCCGAUAUCAAGCUAUUAAGGAUGCUAACCUCAGUGGACGGAAGCUCACUGCCAUCAGAGAUCUGCUUAUGAAGCAGUAUCUGCAAGUGUUUCCCACCAAGUUUCCCAGCCCUCUGGCAGAAAGGAAUCGUGUUGUCUCAAACCUUCACAUAGAAAAAGAGCAAGCUGGGUCUGCAGCAAACAGACAUCAAAUGGCUUGUGAGGCAUUUGGUGAUGGGCUAUUACCUCAACUACAGUCUGCAGUUUACAAGCUGGAAACAAAAUUCAGAGAUCACACCAAUAAGACCAUGACAGAGCGGGACGAGCCAUUCAGAUGUGUUGUUAAAUUUGCAAGCACCAAUCUCCUCGAGUCACUCAGACACUCUGCAUCCUCAGGAGUUGCUUCCACCCCUGUGACACCCCUUCUCUCAUCCGUUCCCUUAAAGGGAAAAAAUUAUUUUGUUAUCACAGACAAUGGCCCUGGACCUUCAUCACAGAAAUGACCAUCAGACACUUGAUUUAACUUGUAGCAUGCUCAGUCCAUUAGUCCAUUCAUUUUACUUCAUACUUUAAUGAUGCAUUUGUUAAUAAAACUCUGUCUGUUUCAAUAAGAAA